AUGAUGUUAGAAGCUAGAAACAACAUAGAGCAUGAAAUGUGGUGGGAGCCAAGAAGUGGAACUGCUAAUAUUUGGUUUGAUAAUUGGAAAAAACUUGGAGCUUUAUACUACUUAGUUCCAGAUGAUUUUUUUGUGGAUGAAACAGUACAAGAUGUGAAGGAAUUGAGAAAUCAGGAUGGAUGGAACAUGAGUAAACUACAACAACUUUUUCCUACUGAUAUUGUUGAUCAUAUACUGGAAGAAUUAGACUUUCAUGAAUCUACAGAAGAAUGGGAUAAACCAAGGUGGAUGAUGACAACAUCUGGUAAAUUUACAGUUGGAAGUGCAUGGGAGCUCUUAAGAAGGAAAGCUGGGAAGUCUGAUAUAUACAAAAGCAUGUGGAUACUAGGGAAAAUUGCUUCACAGGUCUGGAGAUAUGUUAAAGCUGUUGUAGGAAUCACAACAACUUUGCUUCAAGUGAAACAAGUAAUACAAGUCUGGUGGAAUGCUGAUUUUUCAACUAAGUUCAAAUCUAUUAUUAGAGCCAUUCCAAUGAUCACAAUGUGGCAAAUAUGGAAGUGGAGAAACAUUGUGGUGCAUGGAGGGAAGAUGACAAUCAAUAAGGUGAUUUAUGAAAUAAAUUUGACCAUACAUCAGAUGUGCAGAGUUAGACAUCCCAGAAUUCAAGUACCAAAGUCUCUUCCACAAAUUAUGCAGUUGUUUGAAACAUACAGAUCACAUAUAGUGAGCAAGCUAGUGAGAUGGAAUUUGCCGAUGCUAGGGUGGUUUAAGUGUAAUUCAUAUGGUGCUGCUAGAGGAAAUCCAGGGCCAAGCAUAGUGGCAUUUUGUAUUAGGAACUCUGAGGGAGAUCUAGUGCAUGCUGUAGCUAGAAGAAUAUCAGAUGGAUCAAAUUUAGUUGCUGAAGCAAUGGCAUUACAGGAGGGGUUUAAAUAUUGUGUAACAAAUGAUCUAUUGCCUGUAAUAUUGGAGACUGAUUCAAUGACUCUGAAAAUGAUCUUGACAGGACAUUGGGAAAUACCAUGGAGUAUCUCUUUGAUCAUAAAGGAUAUCACAAGGUUGAGAAGGGACAAGGAAGUGAGAGUGGAGCAUGUACUGAGGGAAGGAAAUGGAUUGGCAGAUUUUUUGACUAACUUUGUUUUUGAUUUUGCAGGUGAACAUCAGUUCAAUAGCUACCAAUCACUUCCAAGGAAAGAAAAACAGAUUUUGAUUACUGAAAAUGCUCAGAUGCCAUACAUUAGAAUCAGGCAAGCCAAAGAUCAUCAGAUUCCAGGAGAUUAA